GGUUUUUCGGUUUCCGCAAAGCCCAGUACAGUAUCCAUCGUUCCCAGCCUAUGGACUAACGGUGUCGGCAGCAACGUUCCGCCCGGCUCGGGCGAGUCCGUUCACGCGGUACGUGAGUGCGUCGUACACUCUCACGCAGUCGGGGCAGCAGGACGCCUGGCUCCUCCGCGACCCCUCCUCCUGGGAUGUGCCGUGGCUCUCCUGGCCCGUCAAGGACCAGGACGCCUGCAAUGCGUGCUGGGCGUAUGCAGUGGUGGCGAGCAUAGAAGCAGCAUACGGCAUCGCAACGAACAAAGCAGCGCCGCAACUGUCAGUGGAGUCGCUCUUUGCAGCCAUGGGGCUCACCACUGCAGAAGGGAAGUGCAGCGCUGGAGGCUCCCCAACUGAUGCCUUUGAGAAGCUGCUCGCCCUGCCCAAAGGGGGAGUCGCUCUAGCUGUCAACGCCACUGCCAGUGGAGUGCCUGCAAGCACACGCAAACGAGCUGUUGUCAAGUACUACCCCAUCCAAGGCUUUGAGCGCACGCGGUUCAAGGG